AUUUAAAACAUGACAAGGCAUAUAGAAGAACUAGGGCAAUGGAUACUAAGGUGACUCGGCCUGUGGAUGUGGUGGGAGCAGGUGAAGGGGCUGUGCUGAUGCCUUUAAAGCCAUAUUACCAGGAUGCAGGUGGAACAUAUAUCCGGGAACUGUUGACAUUCAGAGAUGUGUCUAUAGAAUUCUCUAUGGAUGAGUGGGACUUCCUGGACCCUGCUCAGCAGAAUUUGUAUCGGGAUGUCAUGUUAGAGACCUACAGUCACCUGGUCUUCCUAGGGCUUGUUGUCUCUAAGCCAGAGCUCGUCACCUGUCUGGAGCAAUGGAAAGAACCCUGGAAGGUGAAGACUCACCAGACAGUGUUCAAGCACCCAGUUAUAUCUAAUCAUUCCACCCAGAGCAAUUCACAAGUGCUGGGCAUGAAUAUUUUAUUACUGGAGAUAAUCCUGAGAAGAUAUGAAAAUGAUGGCCCUGAGAAUUUAAACUCAAUAAAAGACUGGGAUAGAGUGUAUAAGUAUAAGCAGCAGAACGUAUGUUACAAUGGACUAGACGAAAGUUUAACAGCUAUACCUGGUAAAAUCUACCAAUGCAGUAAACGUUUUAAAGUUGUCAGAAAAUUAUCAAAUUUAAAUAGACAUAAGAUGAUAUAUACUGGGGAAAUAAAAUUGGAGUGUAAACAAUAUGUGAAAGCCUUAAAUCUAUGCUCAAAGUGCGGUAAACAUAAGACAACACAUUCUGUGGAAAAGCAGUACAAAUGUAAAGAAUGUUGCAAAGUCUUUAAAUCACGCUCAAGACUGUCUAAGCACAGGGGACUUCAUACUGCAGAGAACAAUUGCGAUUAUGAGAAUGAUGACGAGUGUCUUAGCCACAACUCAAAAUAUUCUAACUAUGAGACAAUUUAUAAUGUAGACAAUCCAUACAAAUGUGAAAAAUGUGACAAAUCCUUUAACCAUUACUCAUCACUUUCUAAUUCAUUCUGA